CGAGAAAGGCAAAGAAAACGACGCCGACGACGAAACAAACACUAAAUCUGAAACGAGUUGUUGUUGUUGUUGCCGAUCGAGACCGGCCGUCGGGAAGAACAGAAUAGAACAGAACAGAACAGAACAGAACAGAACAGAACAAGAACCCUUGGAUUGAACAAUCCGCACCCGCACCCCAUCCCCAUUCUUGCCACAUUGACCAUGAAGCCCGCGUUCCCGGCGACCGCAGCGGUUCGCGUUCGCUCCGCGCUGGGUUCGAGAAACACGCACCGCCCGGCCCGUUCCGCCGGAAGGGCCUUCUGGGGGCGCAGCGGACCCGCUGUUGCGGCGCCCUUUGAAUCGACGCUUCCGGAUUCCCCCGGGCGCGACCACCRCCACUCUCGGAACGCGAGGCGGGAGCUCCACCUCCUGUCGCGGAGCGGCGGGAAUUCCCACGGGGUCGGUGCCGCUGCGGCGAAGCACAACCGCGCCUCAAACCUUCGUUCCUUCUCGUCGGGCGCGAAGCGCGACCUGUACGAGGUCCUCGGAGUGCCGAAAUCGGCCAACAAGGCGGACAUCAAAAAGGCMUAUUUCAAGCUGGCGAAACAAUACCACCCGGACACCAACAAGGUAGGUCUGUUGCAUCGCGUUGCAUCGCGUUGCGUUGCAUCGAACCGAACGAGGAUGCUUCUGGAAUUUGUKGUGGAUUUUGCACCGUGCUCGUACCGUUUGCUGCACCCGAGCAAUCGGGAGGAAACUUUGUUCUGUCGCUUUUCUGCACCASGCACUGAUGAUGCACACCCACUCGUAUUGUAUUUUUCAAACUAGGACGACGAGGGAGCCGCAGAGAARUUCAAGGAGGCGACGGCGGCAUACGAAACGCUGAGCGACGACGAGCAACGAAAGAUGUAYGACCAGUUUGGCCACGCCGCAACCGACCCCAAUUUCCAGCAGCAGCAGCAGCAAGGAAACCCGUUCGGAGGAUUCGGUUUCCAGGACGGUGGCUUCCACUUYCACAGCUCCGGUGGCGGAGGAGAAAUCGACCCGGAGGAAUUGUUCGAUGCCUUUUUCGGUGGCGGAGCCCGCCGGCGACGGGGCCCCCAGAGGGGCUCCGACCUGCAGAUGCACGUCCGGYUAUCCUUCAAGGAGGCCGUCCAGGGGGCCUCYAAAAACCUCAACCUGAGGUACCAGGUGAUGAACCGAGAAAACGGGCAGAUCGAGAUCAAGGAACGCGACGUCACGGUCGACACGCCCCCCGGCAUAGACAACGGGAUGAACCUGCGCCUCAGCGGCGAGGGCGCGGAGGGAGACCCGGGAGCUCCCCGGGGGAACCUGCUGGUCCAGGUACUGGUAGACGAGGACGACUACUUUGUCCGCGACGGCUCCAACGUGCACACCGAGGCCAUGAUCUCCAUCACCCAGGCCAUCCUCGGGGGCACGGUCGACGUCAAAACACUCGACGGCGAGGUGGAGGUCAAGAUUCCGAAGGGCUGCCAGCCGGACGCGAAGCUCAUGCUCCGGGGAAAGGGAAUCCAGAAGCUGCACGGGGCGUCCAAGGGAGACCACGUCGUCCACCUCAAGAUCGAGAUUCCCAAAACGAUCACGGACCGGCAGGAAGAACUCCUCCGCGAGUUCGACGAGGAAACGAGGGAGUGCGGGCACGGCAUUUCCGGCCGGAUAGCCAAGGCGGCGGGAUCGGCCUUCGAAUCGAUCUUUGGUUCAAACGACGACGGCGGCGGCGGCGGCGACAAAGGAGAGAAGGGCAAGGASGGAGCGGGCCAGAAAAAAGAAGAGUCAUAGCAAAGCAAAUGAAAGCAGGCAAUGGCGCAGACGACAGUAUCCAAUGGGAUCGAGUGCACGUUCCGUAAACAAGCAAAACCUAUCGCAUUAGAAAGGAUCCGCAUUAGAAUCAACAAACACCGGAAACAACGAUAGCUAGUUUUGAAUACUGUGUUAAAGAGUUAAAAAGUACAGUACUGUACACCACAAAGUAUAAUUUCUGGUUUUUCAGAAUAAAAUUGUGAGUUUUCC